AUGGCGUCGGACAUCGAGGACUUGGUGGAGAGUUGUGCUGCAAAAGAUAUCUGCCCCAACUACGUCACCGAACAGUACUACGUAGCCAGGUCGAAAAUAGUGCUGGCUCCCUACAACUACUUGAUCGAUCCCUUCGUCCGUAGCACGCUCAACAUCAAUCUCAGCGGCGCGAUUCUGAUCCUCGACGAGGCGCACAACGCCCAAGGCUUUGCAAUGUUUGUCGUCCAGGGUCGCGAGUCGCCAGAACUCAGGAUGACCUGCAUGGACUCGAGUUACGCCAUGAAGUCUGUGUCGUCGUGCACGCACUCUAUCGUCCUGGCCUCGGGGACUCUCAGUCCGAUGUCGUCGUACGAAAAGGAAUUGGGCGUCUUCUUUACUCACAAGGUGUCCGCCAAGGAACACGUCGUGUCCAAGCGUCACGUCUUUGUCCGUAGGAUCUCGCAUUCGCUCAAGGGUGACAAAGAGUUUUACAUGAAUUACAGCGCAUGCCAGAACGAAGAGCUACUCAAGGCCGUAGGUUCCGUCGUCUACGAGUCGACCAAGAUCCUGAAGAAAAAUGUCGGCGAAACAAAGGCUGGCGUCCUGUGCUUCUUCCCUUCUUACAAGCUACUUCAGACCUGUCGAGACGUGUGGCGCAAAGUGCCUCUAUGGGCCAAGUUGGUCAAGGUGGUCGGCGGGCAUCUGUUUCUGGAAGAUUCUGAAAACUCGGACCUCUUGUUCGAUAGGUACAAGACUGCGUUGAUUGACGGAGAGCCCGGCACGGUGGCCCUGUUUCUAGUCGUGCACAGAGGCAAAAUGAGCGAAGGCGUCGACUUCUCCGAUUCGCUGGCUCGACUCGUCGUAUCCGUGGGGUUACCCUAUCCGUCGUAUCACAGUCCGGACGUAAAGGUCAAGGUCGAGUUUAACCGCAGCAGGGGCGGAGACGGGGACGAAUGGUAUAAAACGCAGGCGAUGCGAGCGGUUAACCAGUCCGUGGGACGCUGCGUACGUCACGUGAACGACUGGGGGGCCGUCCUAUUGCUCGACAGUAGGUAUUUUAGACCCGACGUUUGGAGCGAUUUACCGCAUUGGGUCCAGGUCUGCGAAGACGAGUCGUCCACCUUCAAAGACACGAAGAAAUCUUUGCUCGAGCUAAACUCGUUUUUGAACGGUCGUCUAUGAAAAUGCACAUCCUCAGUUUGCACACGUAUCUGCGCGAACACAGAUACACGGCUAGCCGACAGGGCUACGCUUACUGGUAUUGCACGAUUCGCGACGCUACUAUUGCUCCUACACCAGCUGCU